AUGUGCAGCAUCACGGCGCAGGUGUUCAUGAGAAAACGUGUUUUCAUUAAAAACACGUUUUCUCUGGAGCAGUAUACAAUUGAGUGUGAAAAGCAUGAUAAUGCUACUGAUUUCUUGCAAUUAGGAGAAAUGGAUAAACUUCAUGGUUACAUCGGUAUUACUGGGCACAUCUCUUAUGUUCCUCAGCAACCUUGGAUGCAGAAUCAAACUAUACGUCAGAACAUAACGUUUGGAAAAAAAUUUGAAGAAUACUUCUACAAUCGUGUAUUGGACGCAUGCGCACUUUAUCCAGAUCUUCAGAUGCUUCCGCUCGGGGAUAUGACUGAAAUUGGUGAAAAGCAAACGGGCGACAGCCGGACGGGAUACUACAUCUCUGUUGAAUGCAGCACAGAUAUGAGCGAGGGCGUCGCAUGCGUUGGCCUUGCAGGAAUUCAUACACGAUAG